AUGGCGAAUGGAAGACGAUCAGUGGUAACGUUCGAUCUAAUUUUUCUUGUUCGCAAAGGGAGCAAAGGAGAUUACAUUUGUUCAUCGCGAUUUGAGUUCAUUAUGUCGCGAAUUAUGGGAGAGAUGUUAGGUAGAAGUAAUCUUAUUGAUGAUAUUGAUUUGAAUGCGUUGAUUGUUGAAGAUUACAGUUCAUUAACUCCUGUUGAAUGUAAUCUCCCUAAUGGUGUUGAAUCGGAUUCACUAGUUGUAUGUAAUGCUAGUUCUUCCUGUUCUGAUGGUGAUCACGAUGACAUUCCAGAUGGCUGUAAUCCAUCUGCUGGAGGUGGUGGUACUUCUACAGAUGCCAAUGAGGAUGAUUCAUCUAUUCCAGCUAAUCAAGAAUUGGUGGGACAUUCUGUUUAUUCACUUGAAGAAGCAUUUGAUAUGUAUAAUGAUCUUGCAUCUCGGAUGGGAUUUAGUGUUAGGAAGGGUAAACAGUACUACUUCCCUGGAACUCGGAAUGUGAAGUCGAAAAAGUUCCAUUGUUAUAAGGCUGGGUUGAAAGCAAAACAAGCGAGUGCUAAUAAGUGUUAUACAAAGAUAGAUACUCGGACUGGAUGUGAUGCAAUGUGUCAAUUUGACUUAGAUUCAAGUGGGAAGUGGGUAGUUACAAAACAUGUAAAGGAGCACAACCAUGAGUUGUGUCCGGCAUCUGCAAGCUAUAUGCUUAGGUCGCAUAGGAACGUUUCUGUUGAUCAGUUGACAUACCUUAAAGAUAUGAAGAGGAGUGGAGUCCCAUUAUCUGAUGGUAUUCGGUUUUUAAAACAUCAGUCUGGAGGUUCACCAUUUGUUGGAUUUACUGCCAGGGAUGCUUAUAACACAAUGUUGUUAGAUUCGGCGAAGCAUUUAGAUGGGACUGACUCUAACACUUUGAUUGAGAUUUUUCGGAAGAGACAAUUGAAUGAGUCUGGUUUCUUUUUUGAUUUCGAAGUUGAUGAUGAUGCUAGGUUGUGUAGUUUUUUUUGGAGGGAUGUGCAAAUGAAGUCGGAUUAUUUGUUGUUUGGUGAUUUGGUGGUACAUGAUACAACAUACCGUACCAAUAGGUAUGAUAUGAUUUGUGGUCCAUUUGUAGGUAUGAACCACCAUUGUAUGAAUGUGAUGUUUGGUUGUGGCUUUUUAUUGAAUGAGAGGACAGAAUCUUUUGUUUGGCUGUUCAAAACGUUUCUACAGUCAAUGGAUGGUAGGCAGCCACAAACAAUAAUGACUGAUCAGUGUUCUGCCAUGGCUGCUGCAAUCAUGCAAGUAUUUCCAAAUUCAAAACAUAGGCUAUGUAUUUGGCACAUUGGGGAGAAUUCAAAGAAGCACAUCAAAGGAUUGAGAAUGCAAAAGGGUUUCAUAGAGUUAUUUAAUUUUCUGUUAAAGUAUAGUGACACAGAAGCUGAAUUUGAAUUUUACUGGAACAGAUCCUAUUUGUUUUUAGAGCUCAACUGGAUUUAUUUGGCAUACCCCACACCCUCUCUACUUACAAUGAAAUUUUUGUUUUGUCUUUUUUGA